UCUGCAUCCUCAGAGCCGCUUUCACUUCCAUCCACUUCACAAGUGAACGCAUCUAAGCGCAGUCAAUCUCUGUGACAAGAUCUCUAGACUUCAGCUGCUUGUCACAUGUGCAAGAUGAGAAGAAGACACUUACUUGGAAUACUUGUACUUUUGAAAUAUUGUAUUUGUGGUGAUGUGAAGAACUUUGAUGGAGACAUUAAGGACUUUGUAGUUGGUAACAGUAAGUUGUUUGUUCUUACUGACCAUCGACUUCAUCAGAUGAGACACGAUCUAUAUGAGGAGAAGAGCAAAGACAUCACUAAUGCCACUGACCUUAACAGAGUCAACAUUCUGGUGCCUUUUGACGUGAACGGUACCCUGAUAACGUGUGGGACUUUUGAAGAAGGGUAUUGUGAAGUUCUUGAUAUAAAUGACAUUACAAACAUAAUUCAUUAUGAAAAUAUAUUGGUAGGACCGAAACAGAAUGAAAAAACUGUUGCCUUCAUAGCCGGUAGGUUCCUUUUAGUUGGGAAAAAGGACGAUGAUGCAAAACCUCAAGAUACCAGGUAUUCUGUUGUUACCUUGAGGAACACUUUAGAUUCUCAACCAGGAGGGAUUUUCUCAAGAAUAGCAGAAGGAUCAUAUGCCAUCAUUGAGAGCACAGUGAGAGAUGUGGAGUUUGUUGAUGGAUUCCAGAGAGUUUCACCCUCAGAAUCGUAUUUAUUUCUCAACACAGAGACUGACAAUGAGAGGAAAGUGCUCGUCCUGAGGAUGGACAGCUCUAAAGGGAAAAAGAUAGACAUCAUCCAAUCCCUGCAGGCUGCAACGAUACGAUGCUGCAGUGAUAAAGUUCGUCCAGUGCUCGUCGCCAGCACCGUUAUUCCCUCAGUGAACGAUGUUAUUUGGGCAGGUGUGUUCAGUUCACAGAAUCAGGAUCCGGAGAACAGCGCGCUGGCUCUGUACGACAUCAGUAACGUUCGAGGCCAAGUCAAGGGUUUCUGCGCUUACGGUGAAAGGUUAUGUGGUUCUGAGAGUGGUAGUGAACUUCAGCCGCUCUCUGUGGUGUUCAAGUACAGCUCAGUGUCAGCAGUGGCAGCAACGAGGAUUGAAUCCUGGAUUGUGCUUUUCAUAGGAACCAGUGAUGGACAACUCAUAAAGCUAGUGUUGGAUGAGAAAUAUUCACCAGGAUGUCUAACAGUACUGUUCAGAUCUGAUGAUGAACGAGCAGUGCUUCCCAGAAUGCACUUUGAUCCAGUAGAUUUCAAAUAUAUCUACAUCGCUCUGAGGAAACAGCUAAGAAGAGUGUCCGUUAUUCAGUGUGCUAAAUACAGCACUCUGAAAGACUGCAGAGCUGCUCAGGAUCCGCUCUGUGGCUGGUGUGUGAACACUCACAGAUGUUCUACUCAAGAUGAAUGCUCAAAUACUUCAUGGGUGUCCAUCCCAAAAAACUCUCUUGAGACACAGCUGUUUUCUUUUCAGAUGACAGAGAAUUAUUCAAGAAAGGCAGACAUCAAUAUCUAAAACAAUUAUU